AUGGCGCCCGGCCAAAAGCUCUAUCCACGGGUGACAGUCAAAAAGAUUGUUAAGGCUCACUCAAACUGCAACGUCAGCAAGAACGUGGACGUGCUGAUCUUCCUGGACUACGCGCUAUUCAUGCAAACGCUGAUGAAAGAGGCAACCAUCGAGGCCAAGCAAGGGGGUGAGCGAGGUAUCACAGCCCGGGGCGUUAGGAAGGUCACGGCGGAUUCGCUAGCCAAAUUCAAGGGAUGA